UAUUGUUCUACACGUCAAGCAUAUUGUUUAUCCUGGAUUCGAUAUUGUCCCUCCUCGUCCCUCAGACCAAACCGACACUUUGACAGAUCAUCAAUAACAGCAAAGAAACCGCAAAGAUGGGUGCCCUCGACAGACUGUCCUCUAUUGGCAGCCAGCUUACCAGCCCCAAGUUUGGCAAGGAGAAGCUCCUCGAGAAGAACCCUGAUGAUAUUGUCGUCACAGCAUGCCUCCGCACCCCCUUUACAAAGGGCGGUAAGGGAGGUUUCAAGGACACUAUGGCCUCCGACCUCGUGGUCGGCGCCCUGAAGGGCCUCAUCGACCGCUCCAAGAUCGACCCGUCCCUGGUUGAGGACGUCUGCGUCGGCACCGUCCUUGCCCCAGGUGGCGGUGCCACUGAGAUGCGUGCCGCCGCCCUGGCCGCCGGCUUCCCCGAGUCUACCGCUGUGCGCACCCUCAACAGGCAGUGCUCCUCUGGCCUGCAGGCGUGUGUGGAUGUCGCCAACCAGAUCCGCGCCGGCAUGAUCGAGGUGGGCAUCGGCGCGGGCGUCGAGAGCAUGUCUACGCAGUACGGGCCCGGCGCCGUAACCGAGUUCUCCGACCUCCUCGAAUCCCACCCCGAGGCCGCCAACUGCAAGGUCCCCAUGGGCGUUCUGUCCGAGGACAUGGCCAAGGCCCGCAACAUCAGCCGCGCGAGCCAGGACGCCUUCGCCGCUGCCUCGUACCAAAAGGCUGUCGUGGCUCAAAAGCAGGGCCUUUUCAAGGAGGAGAUCCUGCCUCUCAAGGUGAAAUUUGAGGACCCCAAGAGCGGCGAGACAAAGGAAAUCGUCGUGGACCGCGACGAUGGCGUGCGCGACGGCAUCACAGCUGAGUCCCUGGGCAAGAUCAAGCCCGCGUUUGCCCGUGAUGGCUCCAUCCACGCCGGUAACGCCAGCCAGAUCAGCGACGGCGCCGCGGCCGUCCUGCUCAUGCGCCGCAGCACCGCCGAGCGCCUGGGACAGACCAUCCUCGGCAAGUACGUCGCCGCCAGCAUCGUCGGCGUCGCCCCCCUGCUCAUGGGUGUGGGGCCCUGGAAGGCCAUCCCCAAGGUCUUUGAGCUCACCGGCAUCACCAAGGACGACGUCGACAUCUUUGAGAUCAACGAGGCCUUUGCCAGCCAGUGCCUGUGGUGCGCCAACGAGCUGGGCCUGCCCGCCGAGAAGAUCAACCCCAAGGGCGGCGCCAUUGCUUUUGGUCAUCCGCUCGGAUGCACGGGCGCCAGGCAGGUCUCCACGCUGCUGUACGAGCUUAGGAGGAGGGGUGAGAAGAUUGGUGUCACGAGUAUGUGUAUUGGUACUGGUAUGGGCAUGGCUGCUGUGUGGGUCGCCGAAUAGAAGAGAACGAAGAUGGACGUUGAAACAAGGGCAAUGGAUGUUUUGAUUAAUGCUGUAGAGUAUGUAUGGGUCUGAAAAAAAAAAAAUGCAUGAUCAUGUUGGACUCUAGCAAUGCUGUAUUGGAGUAGUGAUUCCAGUGGCACAAGAAUGCAAAACCUUCCAAAAAAAUAAAAUAAUACAAUCUGUCUCUAUGCACAGGUGGUAUUGCUUAUCUUGUGAAUAAAAUGCAGUGUAAACGUAGAUGCUGUAUCCCUUCCCACAAACGCCAUUCCCUGAUGUGGAAUAUCUCCCGUUCACAUUUGAUCCAAGAUUUCCAUCUGGAUAAUUUCUUGCCACCCGAAUAUAUAUAUAUCUCCCUACAAUUUCCCCCGUAGAUUCCUCAGCUUAGGAUCUGUAUCAACACCUAGUGCAUCCCGUAGAUUGAUAUCAAUUCCCUCUUUCUUGAGGCGCUCGGUGAGCUUCAUGACGUAAAACAUAAAAUUCUCGUCUUCCGUCUCCUCCACGUUCUCGCCCAGAGCUAGCCGCGCUGCCUCGUCGGCUAGGUUGAUGAUAUCGUGUAGAAGCUCGUCGGUUCGGCUGGGCGAGGGCAUGUGCGGUUGUGUCCAGUCGAUCGACUGGAGAUAGCUCCGCAUGUUGCUUCGCGCGGUGGUGUUAGCAGUGCUGGCCAAUGCCUUGUUAUCACUGCUGCCGCUGGCUGUGGUACUAGUACUCGGCGCUGCCGGAGGCAGAGCGUUGACCACGCGUCCCGGGUUAGCGGCACGAGGAGCACUGGUGACACCGGCAGCGCCAGUCUUGUCGUGUCCCGCCGUCACAGGGUCGGUCUGCUUAGGAUGCACCGUCACUCUCACCUCGCCCGGGAUGCCAUCGAUGCGGAGGUUUGCAGACUGGCCCGGAGCUACAGUAUGGGUGGCAGUUGGUUGAGGCCCAUGGGCCACCAAGUUCCGCAGAAACUUAUUGGCGUCCUCAGAGCCGUCCAUGAGCCACUUGAGACAUAAUUGAACCCGCUCCCUGGCGUAGCGAUUGUGAUCGUCAUAAGUGCAGCAGUUCAACAGCGCAACGAUACCAUUGUGCUUCACAAUUUGCUUCUGCACAGUUGCAUUGCCCGGACUGUGGUGGCCGCGAGGUGGUUGCAGCAGUGUAGCGAGAAUCUGCAGGAUCUGGCCCUUGACGCCAGCCCAUGGGAAGGUGUAUGCAGCCGGUGUGUCGCGUAUAUUGUUGCCCGCAUGCGGUGGCUGAGGAGGCUUGGCGUCGUUGGGGUCGUGAUGACCAUUGUUCACCGGUGGGGAUGCUUGGCUAACCCGGUCUUUGGAUCGGUUUGGCGGAUUUACGAGACUUUUCUUCGCCACGCCCUCCUCGAGCCCUCGUAAAAGUGAGAUGAGAUCGUACGCCGCCUCCCAUUCGAUCAACUUGGGCCGCACCUCGGGAUCUUCCGAUACGCUCGUCAGGAAGUCCAGGAACUGCACCAACCCGUCCUUGGCACGCUCCAUGUCCCAGUUGUCCACAGGGAAGUCUGU